CCGAUGAAAGAAAAGGAACGUUCCGCGCUUUAUUCGUGCGUGUGUCUGCAUAACACAUAGUAGAAACUAGUAAACACCAACCAACACUGAAUCAAAUCAAAUCAAACCAAAUCAAUUUGAAUUCAAAAAUCCAAAAAAUGUUCUUAGGAACUUCAUCUCCACGAGCAUCACCACGAUCCUCAUCACAACCACAGUCACCAUUUUCAUCAUCAUCAUCACCACAAGAAUCAUGGGAAUCAAUGCUCCCAGGUCCAUCAAGCCGCAACAACUUCGGAUCCUCAGAUCUAAACCCCAACGGCCUCCUCGCAUUCCCUUCCGGCAGUUCAAUCUCCAUCGUCGACACACGGUCAAUGCAACUUCUCUCUGCUUUCCCCAUCCCUCCACCACCGUCCUCCGCUGCACCGUUCGUAACCUCCGUUCGCUGGAUCCCUCUCCCUCUCAAUCGCCACCUCCUCUCCUCCGAGCCUUCCUCCUCUCACCUCCUCCUCGCCGCCGGCGAUCGUCAAGGUCGCAUUGCUCUUCUUGAUUUUCGUCUCAAAUCCGCGAUUCUAUGGUUUGAAACUGAUUCGAAGUUAGGGAUUCAGGAUCUCUGUUGGAUUCAGGCGCGGCCUGAUUUGUUAAUACUCGCUGCGAUUACCGGACCUUCUACGCUUUCUUUGUUUAACGGUUCUACUGGACGGUGUGUUUGGAAAUACGAUGCUUCGCCCGAGUAUUUUUCGUGUAUUCGUCGUGAUGCGUUUGAUUCGAGACGAAUUUGCGCGAUAGGUCUUAAAGGUUUUCUCUUAUCGUUGCUUCAUGUUGGUGAUUCUGAGGAAAGUGUUGUUAUCAAGGAGCUUCAGAUUCGUACUGAUUCUACUGAAUUGGCCAAGCUUGAAAGAGAUUUUACCGGUGCUGCAGCACCGGCUUCUGCGGCUUUUCCUCUUCAUGUAGCUAGGUUUGCAUUCUCUCAGCUUUGGAGGCACAUUUUGUUUGUUACGUUUCCGAGGGAGUUGGUUGUGUUUGAUUUGCAGUACGAGUGUGUGAUCUUUGCAUCGUCGUUGCCUCGUGGUUGUGGCAAGUUUUUAGAUGUUUUGCCCGAUCCUAGUAACGAGUGGAUCUACUGUGCUCAUGUUGAUGGCAAGCUUAGCACCUGGAAGAGGAAACCUGGGGAACAAGUACACACUAUGUAUUCGAUGGAAGAGUUAAUGCCAUCUGUUGGCACCUCUGUCCCUUCUCCUUCGAUACUUUCCGUCGUUUUAUGCCAAUCAGAUUCCACUCUCCAGAACAUUGGCAAGAAUUAUUCUGAUAUACCCAGUUCUCCUUACCUUCAUGAGGAUUUUGACAAUCCUUUUGACUUUUGCGACGAGUCCCAGAUUAUUUCUAAGAUACAUUUGAUCUCCAUAUCUGAUGAUGGGAAAAUAUGGGACUGGCUCUUGACUGCUGAAGCGAAUGCAGACACUCAAAAGGAUGAUAAGAAGCUGGGCUUAGUCAAUGAUGAUUGCACAGUAGCAUUAGAUGGAGCCAAUUCUAACACUAUGGUAUCUAUUGCUGGUGGACGGGAACUAAAUGUAGGCAGGCCACAGGAGCAUCCCAAUGAUAAUAGAAGCCGCCUACCAAGCUCAACGUCCAACCAUGAAGAAAUUUCGAUGAAGAUUAACUUAGUUGGACAGCUUCAGCUUCUCUCUUCAACAGUGACUAUGCUGGCAGUACCAACCCCUUCUCUAACUGCUACCCUGGCCCGUGGAGGGAAUUAUCCUGCAGCAGCUGUUCCCCUGGUUGCUUUGGGAACACAGAAUGGAACGAUAGAGGUUGUUGAUGUUUCUGCCAAUGCUGUUACAUCAAGUUUAUGUGUACAUAAUGGUAUUGUUAGGGGACUAAGAUGGCUAGGAAAUUCCAGACUGGUUUCAUUUUCUUAUAUUCAGGCCAAUGAAAAAUCUGGAGGAUAUAUUAACAAGCUAGUUGUGACCUGCCUUCGAAGUGGCCUUAACAAGAUGUUUCGAGUUUUGCAAAAGCCAGAACGUGCUCCAAUAAGAGCGUUGAGAACAUCUUCAUCUGGAAGGUAUCUUCUAAUUUUGUUUCGUGAUGCACCUGUGGAAGUUUGGGCAAUGACUAAGAAUCCUAUCAUGCUUAGAUCAUUAGCUCUUCCAUUUACGGUUUUGGAAUGGACCCUUCCAACAGUUCCACGGCCCGCUAAGGAACAAACAUCAGGGGCUUCAGAUGAGGCAUCCAAUCCAUCAAAGACUUCCUCAUCAGAUUCAAAAGAGGGUUCAAGUGCAGAGGGAUCACAAGAUGAUACUUCCGAAAGUUUUGCAUUUGCUCUGGUGAAUGGAGCACUUGGAGUUUUUGAAGUGCAUGGUCGGAGAAUUCGAGAUUUCAGACCAAAAUGGCCUUCUUCUUCAUUUGUGUCAUCAGAUGGAUUGAUAACUGCAAUGGCCUACCGCUUGCCCCAUGUGGUCAUGGGAGACAGAAUGGGGAACAUAAGAUGGUGGGACGUGACAACUGGACAUUCUUCCUCAUUCAACACUCAUAGAGAGGGAAUUCGUCGAAUCAAAUUCUCACCUUUUGUACCAGGGGACCAUAGCCGGGGGCGUGUUGCUGUUCUGUUUUAUGAUAAUACCUUUUCUGUUUUUGAUUUGGACUCGCCUGACCCCUUGGCCAAUUCACUUUUGCAACCUCAAUUUCCUGGAACCCUUGUGUUGGAACUUGAUUGGUUGCCCCUGCGAACUGAUAAGAAUGAUCCACUGGUACUCUGCAUUGCUGGAGCAGAUGGUAGUUUUCGCCUUGUUGAUAUUAAUGUAAAUGACAAACGAUCUGGUUCUGCACCCCGGAUCAGAAAAACAAAGGAGAGAUUCCGAGCAAUGCCUAUAUGUUGUCCCAUACUUCUCCCUUCACCACAUGCAUUGGCACUGCAAAUGAUUUUGCAAUUGGGUGUUAAACCAUCUUGGUUUAAUACUUGUAGUACAACCAUAGGAAAAAGGCCUCACUUAAUUCCAGGAGCUCCUUCACCGACGGGGGAUCUUCGCACAUACAUGAUCAACAUACCACCUCUUGGAGACUCUGUGGUGCCAGAGAUGCUUCUAAAAGUAUUGGAACCAUAUCGAAAAGAAGGUUGCAUGCUUGACGAUGAGAGAGCCAAGUUGUAUGCUAGUAUUGUGGAUAAAGGCUGUGCUGCAAGAUUUGCUUUUGCGGCCACAGUAUUUGGUGAAUCCUCAGAAGCUCUGUUUUGGCUACAGCUUCCUCAAGCGCUUAAACAUUUGAUUAAUAAGUCAUCAAGAAAGCCACCGUCAAAAGGGCCUACAACAGAGCCUGUCUCUGAGGUUGAUGAAACAUCUUUACUGUCUAGGAUAUCAUCAAAGGGAAAACCAACGGAAGACAUGAGUCAAGGUCAACAAAGGUUGAUGGCUUUUGACCAAGAAGAGUUGUGGAAAAGUGCCAGUGAGCGUAUUUCUUGGCAUGAAAAAUUAGAAGGUGAAGAGGCUAUACAGAAACGUGUACAUGAACUUGUAUCAGUUGGAAAUCUAGAAGCUGCAGUUAGUUUAUUGCUUUCUACACCUCCGGAGAGUUCUUACUUCUAUGUCAAUGCGCUUCGUGCAGUAGCUCUCUCUUCUACUGUUUCAAGAUCUCUUCAUGAGCUUGCAGUGAAGGUUGUUGCAGCCAACAUGGUGAGAGCUGACAGGUCACUCUCUGGCACUCAUCUUCUAUGUGCAGUUGGAAGACAUCAAGAAGCAUGUUCUCAGCUACAAGAUGCUGGAUGCUGGUCAGAUGCUGCCACCUUAGCUGCCACUCACUUAAAAGGAUCAGAUUAUGCAAGAGUGUUGCAAAGAUGGGCUGGAUAUGUCCUGCACAGUGAACAUAAUAUCUGGAGGGCUCUGAUUUUGUAUGUUGCCGCUGGUGCACUACAAGAAGCAUUGGCAGCUCUUCGCGAGGCUCAGCUACCCGAUACAGCUGCAAUGUUUAUACUUGCAUGCCGUGAAAUCCAUGCAGAGAUUAUUUCUGACUUAGGUAUUACUGACGAUGAAUCAAGUUCAUCGGUUAAUGAUAGGAUACUAAACUUGCAUGCUUUAGAUCCUGAAAAUGAAGAUGUAGUUGCGGUUGAUGAAUACUUUGUGCAAUACCAAAGAAAAUUGGUGCAUCUAUGCAUGGAUUCACAUCCAUCCUCUGACUAAGUAUAGGGCUUGUGAAAUAUAUUCAAAUUAUUCAUUUAUAUUCAGUUAAUUGAUUACUCUGGCUGAAAAGAAAGUUGUAGGCUGAUAUCUGUUGCAGUACUGCCUGCAUUCUUUAGCGUCAAAGGUUCAGAUGCUUUCGUUUCCUAAGUUGUUGUCACAAGAGUAUUAAGACGAAAUGGCGUAGGAUGACAUGCAAUCUUUUGAGGUAGCAAGAUGCCAGAAUCUUCUAUGAAAACAAUCCUCUUUGAUGGCAGUGAAUACAUGAACUUUCUGAAGUUUACAUUGCAAUCACAUAGGCAGGUGUCCCAUUGUAGAUCGUAUAUAAAAUUUUGUAGGCAACAAAUCAAUUAAUUGUAUUUAUAUGUUGUGACAGGACUCCACACUGAUUAUGGUUGCAUCGAUCUAUGUUUACACAUGUUACAUCGGUGUUGGAUAAGUUCGCGAACUUGUAUAGUAUAGUUGAUUGUAUCUUGUGAACAUAGUAAUUUCCAUACCUUGGAAUAUAUGACCAGCUGAUUGAUGUUUGGUUCUUUUACUGCUAAA